GGGCCCUAUAAACAGGUCUCCUUUCUUCCUCCUGGCAGCAGGCCCCAGCUAGCUGCCACCGCACCUGCUCAGGAUCAGCAUGGCUGUCCGCCUGUGGGUAGUUGCCCUGGCCUUGGCUGCCCUCCUCAUUGUGGACAGGGAAGUGAUAGUGGCAUCAGAAAAAUUCAUUUCUCCCAAAAUGCCUAUCUGUGACCACAGGAGAGAGCCUCCAAAUUGUCCCCAGACACCUAAUCUCAUCUGUGGCACUGAUGGGGUCACAUACAACAAUGAAUGCCAUCUCUGCCUGACCCGUAUGAAAACCAAAAAAGACAUCCAGAUCAUAAAGGAUGGCGAAUGCUGACCCCAAAGGAAUGCCUUGAGCCAUGAAGCUUCAAGCUGAAGAACAGCAGUGGGCAGAAGAUGUGAUGUAAAACAAAAGAUCAGGGAGCUGGGGAUUUAGCUCAGCGGCAUAAGCACCUGCCUUGUAAGCAGGCAGUCAUGAGUUUGAUCCCUGGUACCGAUAAGAAGGAAAAAGACAAAAAAAAUAAAUAAAUAAAAAUAAAAGAUCAGGGGCUAGGGAUUUAGCUCAGCAGCAUAAGUGCCUGCCUUGCAAGUGUGUGGUCGUUGAGUUCAAUCCCUGAUACUGGUAAAAAUACAAAUACAAUAAAUAAAUAAAUAAAUAAAUAAAUAAAUGAUCAGCCCAACUGGCAAAGUGGA